GUACGCGCCAUUGGCCACAGUGUGGAGCCUCCAGUUCGUGUUGUUGCCUGUCAGCCGGCACAACAUCCACAAACUCGUCUCGUUUUCAUCCGCCAUCUCGUCCGUCCUUUCACGGCAAAUCAACUAUCGCAAAUGAUUCGCAGUCAGUUUUACUGUCCAUCUGAAGAAACUACUGGCGGAGAACGCAUGGAUUCCUCUGAAUCGGUAUUUCCGGAAUCUGAAGAGGCGGUUAAAUCGGCUUCAGGAAAUGUAGUUGAGGAACUCUGGCUUGAUCGAGUCAAGUCGACUGCUAUUGUUAUUUGA